AUUGACAAAAAAGAGGUUUGUCUUCAUCUAAACUUCUAAAGACAACUACUUAAUUAUAACUAAAUGACCAAUGCAACUUCAACAUCAUCGAACAAAUUACGUUUAAUAUACUCACAUUAUGUUUAGAGUUUUGUUUGUGUAAAAAAAAAAAAAAAAAAAAAAAAAAAAAAAAGAGUUUUGUUUUCUUCCAUGAUUAACAUUUUAUUAUAUAGUGCUGCAACGGUCCACCUUACAGUAAAACUAAGGCAUAACCACAUAUUUUUCCACUUUAUCUAUUCUAUUCCAGACAAAUAAUAUAUGGUUUACUUUAAUUCGUACAAAAUAAGUUCAGUCGUCAUGCAUUUAUUUAUUAGCUCAAACAAAUCUACAUACUCUCAAAAUUAAUUUUGCUUCUUGUCUAAUAAAUUGUUUGAACACCAAUAAUGGAAGAAGAAAACAAAAAAAUCCAUGUUUUAAUGGUAGCAUUUUCAUCCCAAGGUCACAUUAACCCUAUGCUUAGACUAGGUAAACACUUACAAAACAAAGGCCUUCAUGUUACUCUUGCCGUCACCGAAAUUUUCCUCCACCGAAUUGCGAAAAUUAACCAUUUGACGACUGCCACCACCACCACCAACACCGACAAUCAGAUCCCCUCUAUAUCGGGGAUCGAUAUCGUGUCCUUCUCCGAUGGGCUAAGCCUAGAGUAUGACCGUAAGAGCAACCUAGACACGUACAUGAAGACACUAGCCGAAUUUGGACCGGUAAAUUUGACUAGCCUUAUUACGUCUCUAGGUUGUGACAUUACUAGUCCAAAGAAAUUUUCAUGUGUUAUAAAUAACCCUUUUGUGCCAUGGGUUGCUGACGUGGCGGUGCGACUAGGAAUACCGUGUGGUAUGCUAUGGAUUCAACCAUGCACACUCUUUGCAAUCUACCAUGGAUUUUACAAAAGUCCUGAAGAUUUUCCUACGAAAGAAAACCCCGAAAAGAGCGUGAAUUUACCGGGUUUACCAUUGCUACAAACUUCUGAUCUUCCUUCUUUUGUGCUCCCUUUUAAUGUUUUUGGGAGUCUAGCAAAUGUGUUUUUUGAAUCCAUGGAAAACAUUCAUAAGUUGAGGUGGGUUAUGGCUAAUUCUUUCUAUGAGUUAGAGAAAGAAGUGAUUGAUUCUAUGUCAAAAUUCGUCGUGAUUAAGGGAGUCGGUCCAUUAGUCCCUUCGACACUCUUAGGACAAGAUGAUCAUGAAGAGCGCGAUUUUGUUGGGAUUGAUAUGUGGAAAGCUGAUGAUAGAUGCAUAGAGUGGCUUAACCAAAAGGAUCCUAACUCGGUAGUUUAUGUGUCAUUUGGGAGCUUGGUAGUCCUUUCGAAAACACAAAUGGAGAGUAUGGCAACCGCGAUAAGGGAGAGCAAGAGGCCGUUUCUUUGGGUGGUGAAGCCGUCCCAAAUUCAGACGACCGAGGGUGCCGGUGAACUUCCUAAGGGAUUUUUGGAUGAAACUAAGGGACAAGGGCUAGUGGUACCAUGGUGUCCACAAAUUAUGGUUUUGUCACAUAAAUCUAUUGCUUGUUUUGUAACACAUUGUGGUUGGAAUUCUAUGUUAGAAACAAUUAGUGCUGGUGUUCCUGUUAUUGCUUACCCAAUGUGGACUGACCAGCCCACUAAUGCUAAGCUUAUGGCUGACAUAUUUGGUGUUGGGCUAAGAUUAAGGCCCUAUAAUGAUGGGCUUGUUGAAAGUGAGACCAUUAAGGAGUGCAUUGAAGAGAUCAUGGAUGGACCAAGGGCGGCCGAGAUUCGGGCCAAGGCAGUGGAAUGGAAGUCCAUGGCUAGGGACGCGGUGGCCAGUGGCGGAUCAUUGGAUCGGAAUAUUCAAGAGUUCGUUGAUGACAUUGUUAAACUAUCAUCAUCUCAUUAAAAUGCAAUGCAAUGUUGAUUCUUCUACAAAGUGUCAAAAGUUCUUGAUAAAGCAUAAGAAGGAGUAUUAAACAUAGGACCAAGGGAGCAUCUACAUGUGAACCAUUUGGACGGUCGUUGGUAAGAUAUAAUUUUAUUGGUUCAAUUGUUUGUUCGCAUGUUUUAUGUCAAUUGUUUUUUUCAAUUAAGUACUCACUAUGUAAAUUCCUAAUUAUUAUGUAUCGAAUACAUGGCUUGAUCACAUCGAUUGGAGGUGGGAGCUUAGCCAUAACAUCAUAUCGUACUCCUUGCUUUUUCCUAAUACUUUACUUUAUUGCAAUAAGAAAGCAAUUCUGUAUAGA